AUGAAUGCAAUUUCUUUAAAAAAAAUAAAGCAGUUCAAACUUACAGCUUUUAUUUUUUCCUUGUUCUUUUGGACUGAAUCCCUAUCGCUACCUACAAAUCUUUGGGAUAUAGAUGACUUCAGCACUACACAGAAAUUUAUACAAGAGAACAUUGGAUCCUUGGUUAUCAUCACAUUUGCUCAGUAUGUUCAGGAAGCGACCUUUGAUGAGUUGGAAAUGCUAGUGAAAACCGUGAUAGAUUAGAAGGAAAGAUGCCUGACUAAUCUGAGACUUCUAGAAUGUUCAAAGAUUGCUGAGAUUUUGUGUGCUCAGGAAGGGUCACCUCAGAAGUAUAAUUUUUCACAAUGUUGUAGUAAAGUUGAUGUUGAAAGAAGACUCUGUUUCUUAUACAAAAAGAAAAGCAUUGUGGGAUUUUUGCCUCCAUUUCCUACUUUGGAUCCUGAGGAGAAAUGCCAGGCUUAUAAAAAUGACAGAGAAUCUUUUUUUUUUUUUUUUUUUGGCUACAGUCACGAACUUGCUAGAAGAAACCCCUUUGGCUUUGCCUCUACACUUCUAAUGGCUGCUGCUCGUUUUGAAGAGCUGGCCAAGAGAUGUUGUGGAGAACAACAAAAAGACAACUGUUUUCAAACAAACGCUUCAUUCAUCAUACACUAUUGGAAAGCAUUAUUUUCCCAUCAAAACAAAGUCUGUGAGGCUCUGAGGAAGUUUGGAUUCAAAGUCUUACAUUGUUGGUUUAUCAAUUCUCUUUCCAGAAACAUUGUUGUUUUGGGUAGAAAAUUUCCCAAGAGGAAAUUUCAUGAACUUACUUCCCUCUUAAAAGAUGUUCCUUCUAUGUAUGAUGGAUGCUGUUUGGGGGAUUUUGUGAACUGCAUCCAUGCCCAGAACCAGGUUUAUAGUUAUAUAUGUUCAAAACAAGAUUCCAUCUCCAGUAAAAUCAGAGAAUGCUGUGAAAAGAAUAUACUGGAGUGUGAAGAAUGUAUAAUUAAUUCCAACAAAGAUGAUAUACCAGAGUAUUUAUCUCUUGGAAAAUCAAAAUACACUGGCAGUGAAAAUGUGUGCCAAGAAAAAGAUACUGACCCAGACAGCUUCUUUGCUGAGUUGAUUUAUAAACACUCAAAGAGACAUCCAGACCUGUCUGCAUCAACGCUUCUACAGAUCACUGGAAUGUAUAAGGAUACCUUGGGAGACUGCUACAACAGAGAAAGCCCUCCAGAUUGUGUUCAUGAUGUGAAAGACAAAUUCCAUAAGGAAACUGAAAAAAGCCUCAAGAUGGUACAUGAAGAAUGUGAACUUUUCUGGAAUUUGGGGGAGGAAGGCUUGAAAUGCCACCCCAUUAUCAGACUCACAAAGAUAGCUCCCCAGCUCCCAAGUGAGCAACUGGUCUACCUUGCAAGGUAGACUACCUGCUGCACACUAAGAUUUGCCUAUGUUGCUAAUUGGGCAGACUCAGUCCUUGGAGAACUAUGUGGGAUAAAUGAAAACCAAACCAUCAAUCCAGCUCUGGACCACUGUUGUAAAGCAAACUUUGCCUUUCGAAGGCACUGUUUUGAGGGUUUAAAAGCUGAUAAAAUGUAUGUGCCUCCACUAGUCUCUGAAGAUUCAUUUGCUUUCCAUGAUGAGUGGUGUAUGACUCAGAAUGAGGAACUUCAGAGCAUGAAAAACAGGUUUCUUAUUGACUUAGUGAAGCGGAAGCCUGCACUCACCCAGGAGAAGCUGAGGUCUUUGUUUAUGACCUUCAUUAACACAGUGGAGACACAAGAUCCCAAAGCCUGUUUCAGUAAAGAGGGAUGA